CAGGGCAGGUCUGAUGUUCAAAACGCCAGCAGGAACUGCAGAUUUAAUGUAGGAUGUCUAAAACCCAGUGGAAGACAUGCACAUAGCUGUGUGUGUGUGUGUGUGUGUGUGUUCAGAAGUAUCACCAAAGAGCUUUCGAGGUGAAUCUCUCGGAAUAUCGAAACAGAAAACAUUAAUUUGAAAGGACCGGAGCAGCACGUGAGUGAUGACAAACUUUGCAACGCCGACCACAACAAGGAACUAUAACGCAACUAUUUCACAGCGCCAUUUGAAACGACAGCUCUAAUAUGUCUUUGAGGGUAAAACCGCGGAAGUUUACUAGGACGACCGAGUUUUGUUUAAUUUAGAUCAUAAGGCAGAAAUGUUGCCACGCAGUCGUUUUUGAGUUCGGAAUACCCUGCCGUGGUUACAUUCAUACAGUCAGUGUUUGGCAUUAACAGCAUUCGCUAACAAGUUUCACUUCACUUCGCAAACAGUCCAUUUUACAGCGAGAGUAAAGUCAGUCACUAUAAGUUCAGGUAAACCACAAUCAAAUCCCGUCUUAUUAUCGCGAUAGCUUAAAUAACACUUGUAUCCAUAGCGACAGAGUGGUUUCGUUGUAGUUCUGAUUCUGAUUCUGAGUCAUUUGUUGCAACGUGUUGGGUUCUCUGCUAUGUUUAAACGGAUUCCAUUUUAACCCACUACGUUUGUCUCUAAGCCUUACUUAAAAUAAGUCAUAUCUGUUUCAUAUUUGUUUCCGACUUUUUAAUUUUCAGUUAGUCAGUAUGUGGAAUCACUCUCUGUCAGAACCGAUCUGAGCGUAAACUGAAAAACUUAAAACGUUUAUUUCUUUAUUCGUUCUAAAAUAAUGAAACUUAGAAAGUAUUUAAGGGGCAGUGGGAGGGUCUUGGCUUUUGUCUUCAUUGCGUCUGUGAUCUGGCUCCUUUUUGACAUCGCAGCAUUGCGGAUAUCCAUCAGUGAUGUGAAUCAGGAUCUCAAAGAGAGAGAGAUUGCACUAAAACAGGGAAGGCGGAAAGACAAUGUAGAGAGUGUACUCAAACACCCCCUGCAAAAAGUAAACUUAGAAAAAAAGGAGUUUUCGAAAAAUAGCAACAGGUUUGAUAUGAAAGUUGAUAAGGUUUACAGAAAAAGACCAAUGGCAAAGCCAGAAAAUCAAGCUGAGUUAAAACAAGACAAACAUUUGAAUCCAGUGUAUUUGACUGACAAGUCUUUUGUCAAACAAAAUGAGGUAAUUAAUCAAAGUAAAGUUAAUCUAAUUGUGAACUCACUUGUCAAGGGAACAAUUAUUAGCAUCCCUGAAAAAAUAAACAAGACAAAAACUGUCAUUAAUGGCAAAAUGAAAAAUAUAACCACAAAGAUAAACAAAAUAAAAGCUGCUUUUAUUGGACAGAUAGAUGCAAAUCAUUACAUUAAUCAAGACAUUAAAGAAGAUUUAUUUACUAAAGCACUGCCUGUUGUCGAGGAGAAAAUGUAUCCUCCUGUGCUCAAAGAAAGCAGUGUAAAGAAAUCACAUAUUAAUGACAUAGUAGUGAUGCCACAUAAUGAAGUACAUGUAGAUGCGGGUUUACAGAAGAACUUGAGAAAUAAAUUGCUAAAACCGGCAGAGGGUGAUAAACAGAAGAACAGUGUUGAAAAUUCUGAUAAACAUGGCAAUACUUUCAGCAAAACGAAACCAGAUAUUAUUCCAAAUCCAAGUGAACUUAAAGCUCAGGACCCAGCAGAGGAGGCAUUACCACAGUCUACAAGUGUGCAGGUGAGGAGGUCAGGAGGGCAUCAUAAGGUUAUGGCCCUAGAUGUUACAGACAGCCCCAGAGAUCCCAGGGCGGUGGGACAGUUUGGACAGCCUGCAAGAGUUCCCAGAGAUAAAGAAUUAGAGAGUCGAAGACGUUGGAGUGAAGUUUUUAAUGUAUUCCUGAGUGAACAGAUACCGAUAGACAGAGCCAUCCCAGACACCAGACCUCAAAUAUGUUCAGAAAACCUUGUUCAUGAUGACUUGCCCAAUACUAGUGUGAUCUUCUGUUUUGUGGAUUUAGUUUGGUCCACUCUGCUGCGCUCGGUGCACAGUGUGCUCAACAGAUCUCCUCCACACCUCCUCAAAGAGAUCAUUCUGGUGGACGACUCCAGCACCAAAGACUACCUGAAGGAACAGUUAGACAUUUAUAUGUCUCAGUUCCCUAAAGUACGAAUCAUCCGUCUGAAAGAGAGACAAGGUCUAAUCAGAGCCAGAAUCGCAGGGGCUUCUGUUGCAACAGGUGAAGUCUUGACAUUCCUGGACUCUCACAUUGAGUGUAACGUGGGGUGGCUGGAGCCGCUGUUAGAAAGAGUUUACCUGGACCGCAAAAUGGUCUGUCCUGUUAUUGAGGUCAUCAGUGAUAAGGACAUGAGUUACAUGCUUGUUGAUAGUUUCCAAAGAGGCAUUUUCAGAUGGCCACUGGUGUUUGGCUGGAGUGCCCUACCAGAGGAAUAUAUUAGAAAGAACCAGAUCAAGGAUUCAGACCCCAUCAGGUGUCCUGUUAUGGCAGGGGGUCUUUUCUCUAUAGACAAGAGCUAUUUCUAUGAACUGGGGGCAUAUGAUCCAGGCCUGGAUGUCUGGGGUGGGGAAAAUAUGGAAAUCUCUUUCAAGAUCUGGAUGUGUGGAGGUGAGAUUGAAAUCAUCCCCUGUUCACGUGUCGGCCACAUUUUCCGUGGUGAUAACCCUUACAAGUUCCCUAAAGAUCGGGUGAAGACAGUCGAGAGAAACUUGGCCAGGGUUGCAGAAGUGUGGCUGGAUGACUAUAAAGAGCUGUUUUAUGGCCAUGGCUACCACCAUCUGCUGGACAAAAGUAUGACUGAUAUAGGAAAUCUGACAGAACAGAUUGAACUGAGAAAAAAACUAAAGUGUAAAAGCUUUAAAUGGUACUUGGAGAAUGUCUACCCAGACUUGACCCCUCUGGUCAAAGCAGAAGGACUGAUUUUCAAUGUUGGAACCAGAAAAUGUUUGGUAUUUCAAAAUGACAUUUUAUUUUUUGAUAAAUGUGAUCUCACAAAUAAGAGUCAACACUUCAGCUACACUUGGUUAAGGUUGCUUCGUCAGAACACUUCCUGCUUGGCUCCUCUGGAAAAACAGAUUAUCAUGGAACCAUGUGACAACACAAAGCCACAUCUCCGCUGGAUGCACAAGUCUCGUAAAGGUUUGGCGGAGAAUGUGAUGAUCGAGGGUCAUUCCCAACCCAUUUGCCUGGAAGCUGGAGUGAAAGCUGACAGCAUCUUCCUCAAAGACUGUGAUCCUAUCAGUACUUUUCAGAAAUGGCAGUUUACACACUACUACGCUGAAUGAAAUGUUCCAGAAUAUCGCUCACAUAUUGUCCAUAAUAGCAUUGACAUCUGUGCAUGCGUUUUUUUUAAUAGCUUAUAGGUGGUUUGAUGAGAGUCCACUUAAUGCACUGUGUAUGCUACAUAUGGUUUUUGACACUCUGAAUCAUUAGGGUUUGAGGUUCAGAUCAGGGAAUCAGGUCUUCUCUUUUAGUUAUUCUAGAUAAUUUGUAUUUGUGUGAUUUGCUUGGGAAACACUGGUGUGGAUAGCAAAUGAAACAUGGGGUUUUCUACAACAAAAACAUUUAGAAGUACCCAUGUGAUAUUUCACAAUAAAGUUAUUGUUGCUUGUAACACAAGGAUUUAAUGUUUAGAUCUGGUUUAAGUCAUUAUGAAAUGACUGACUUUACAAUCAUGUUGUGACAUUUUUGCAAGUAAAAAAAAAUUAUAUAUUAUUGUUGAAAGUGAUGCCUAUAAGUGCCUGUUGUAGAUGCCAGAUGACCCUAUCCAAUGGCGUGGCAGAAUGUUUUCUGCAUUUUCUGUUCUUCAUGUGCACUCCACUUAAUUAUAGGAUAUAUGGUCAUUUAUCUUGA